AUGAAAAUAAUAAUCGCCGGCGCAACCGGCUACAUCGGCCAAGAACUCCUCACGCAGUCCCUCGCCCACCCCUCCAUAACAUCAGUCGUCGCGCUCUCGCGCCGCGACCUCGACAUCACGCACAACAAGCUGCGCGUCGUGCACAUGAAAGACGCCGACUUCCUCUCAUAUUCCGACCCCCAAAUCACCGAGGAAUUGAAAGGCGCUUUCGCGUGUCUUUGGGCGAUUGGAAUCCGCCCUUCGCAGGCGCGGGAUGAAGUUAGUGCGAAGAGGGUCUGCGUUGAGUUUACGGCUGCGGCGGCGAGGGCGUUUCAGCGCGCGUAUGCGGACUCGGCGUCUGUGGUCGAGACCAAAGCGGGGGCUGGGGCUGGGGCUGAAACUCGCGAGGCCGCGACAACAUCGAACUCGGGCGGCAAGCCGCCGUUUCGGUUUGUGUAUAUCAGCGGUGCCGCGAUCGAGAGGGAUCAGAGUAAGAGUCUGUGGUAUUUGGGGAAUUAUCGACGGAUGAGGGGCGAGGCCGAAAACGUCCUCUUCGCACACGCCGAGGCGAAUCCCGGGGUCUUCGAAGCGUACGCCAUGCGUCCCGGUUUGGUCCCGUCGCUCGACGGGACGAUCCGAGACCGAAUCUGGAGUUUGUUUCCGUCUGCGAGGAAGGAUUUGCUGGCCAAGGCGAUGAUUGAUAUUGCGCUCAAGGGGCACAAGAACAGUACAUUUUCCAACCAGGCGAUUAGUGAGUGGGGGAGUGAGCGUUCCUGA